GCAGUUAAGAAUAGUCAAGAAUAAUGGCGCACUUACGGUUUUUCUUAAAUAAGUUCAUAUUUUAUUGUAAUUUGAUUUUUCUAGUAUUCUCUAGUCCUGUAAAUAUAUCUUUACAAAGUGUAAACGAUUCGUUAAUACAAACUGCAUUAUAUUCUUUGAAUGAAAAUUCACCAACGCAUCAUACUUAUACUGGUGGACAAUUGAUUAGUGCUGAAAAAUUGGAUGAACUAUCACACAUUAUAUAUAGAUUAACAUUUAAUUUAAAUCCCAUUUGUAAAGAAACUGGAGAAUUUUGUCCCACAGAAGCAUGUACAAUUAAUCUUAAACAAAAUGAGUUUAAUAAUAUACAAAUACAAAAAGAUUCUAUUCAAUGUACAUAUUUGUAUCCUCAAUCUUCUCAAAGUAAUGAAGUACUAGAGCAAAAUAAAAAGCCGAAUUAUGAAAAUCAGGAAUCUCUGGCUAAUUUAAAUAAAGAAAUUAUAAAAAAUGAAAGUACUACAUCAGAUCAGGGAAUGAAAUCUAUGGGAGAUCAAAAUGAUCCUCAAAUCAUAUCUGCUAAAACAUCUGAUUCUAAUUAUUGUCCUGGAUGCCCGUACGACUUGAAUACUCAUCUACCUGGAUUUCUUGCUUUUAAUAGACAAAUUGAAAAACAAAUGGACGAAAUUCUAUCUAAUGAUUUUAAACAUAUGGUAAUUGACAUUGUUAGAGCAACUCGUGCAGUUCCACCUUCUUCUAACAUAAUAAAAUAUCAACUUUGGGUUAAGGUUGGCGAAUCCUCUUGCUUAAAAAAUGUAUUGACUAGUAUAUCGAAUUGCACAUUACAAUCUAAUAUUCCAAUCAAAACCUGUUUGAUAACAUUUGAAGAACAACCUUUUCAACACGAUACUCGCCAAAUAACAAAGAAUAAUUGUACAGCAAUUAGUACUAAUGACUUUAAUAAAGCUAAAAACCUACUAAAUGAAUCAUACAUAAUAGCUAAAAAUGAUGCUUACAAAGGUUUGAAGAGUGUAAUAACAGACAGCUUAACGCAUACUUUAACUUCUAAUGCUCAAAAUGAAGAAUCACUUGUUACAGAACAUUCGUUUGUAAAAGUAUUAAUAAAUAAAACUAACGAUGAAGAAAAACCAGAACACUUUACGGAUAAAAUCAAAGAAUUUCAAGAAUUCUUAGAAGAUUUUGACAUACCUAUUAAAAAAAAUGUUAAUGCUGAUAGUCAACAAUCAUCAGUUAAUGAUAAAGAAAUAGUAUCUGAGGAAGUAUCAAUACACAACAAAGAUGACCAAUUAAGUAAUCAAAACAAUAUUGAUUCAAAUCUAUCCUUUGAUAAGACAAAAAGAUCUUAUUCGCCUGAUAUUUACGAUGUUGCUAUAAGAACGAAAAGACAAUUAGUUGGAGCACCUUCUAAUAGAAAUGUAAAUGAUCCUGAAAUAGUAAAAUAUGCAAAUCUUGGUUUAAAUAAAUUUUCUCUAAAUUUAGAAAGUGCGAAUGAACCAAUCAUCGUUGAAAUUAUAGAAGCGACUGCUCAAGUUGUUUCUGGUAUGUUAUAUAAAAUAAAAGUAAAAUUAGGUGUAAGCGAUUGCCCUAAAGGAACCAAAAAUAAUUGUAAAUUACAAAAAGGAAGUGAUCUUAAAGAAUGUUUAUUCACUAUAUGGUCGCAACCUUGGAUAGAUAGAGGUUUUCCAAACGUUGAAGUAAAUUGCAAUCAUGCUGCACGAAGUAAACGAAAUCUUAAAGGUGCUGGUUAUAGUCAAAAAAUGUUAGCUCAGGCAGAAAAUAUAAAACAUGAAAGAUUAUUCGAAGAAUUUAUUGUUAAUUUUAGUAAAAAUUACUUAUCUGAACAAGAAAAAACACAUCGUUUCAAGGUAUUCCAAAAAAAUCUUAGAAUUAUAGAAAGAUUACGAAGAUAUGAACAAGGUACUGGAGAAUAUGGAGUUACUAUGUUUGCCGAUUUAACACCUAAAGAAUUUAAAAAACAAUAUUUAGGAUUGCGCUCUGAUUUACGUUUAGAAAAUCAUAUACCAAUGCCACAAGCAAGAAUUCCUGAUAUUGAAUUGCCCAUAGAGUAUGAUUGGCGUCAUUACAAUGCUGUAACACCUGUGAAAAAUCAGGGACAAUGUGGAUCAUGUUGGGCUUUCUCUGUAACUGGUAAUGUAGAGGGACAAUAUGCUAUAAAGCAUGGAAAAUUACUUUCAUUAUCUGAACAAGAAUUAGUGGAUUGUGACAAAUUGGAUGAUGCUUGCAAUGGUGGAUUGCCAGAUAAUGCUUAUAGAGCUAUAGAAAACUUAGGUGGACUUGAAUCAGAAAUGGAUUAUCCAUAUAAAGGCAUAGAUGAAAAAUGUUAUUUUAAUAAAAAUAAAGCUGAAGUUGAAAUUGUUUCUGCAGUUAAUAUUACAUCAAAUGAAACACAAAUGGCACAGUGGCUAGUUGCAAACGGUCCUAUAUCUAUUGGGAUCAAUGCUAAUGCAAUGCAAUUUUAUGUAGGUGGAAUAUCCCAUCCUUUUAAAUUCUUAUGCAAUCCUUAUAAUCUGAAUCAUGGUGUUCUUAUUGUAGGUUACGGAAUCCGUAAAUAUCCGCUAUUCAAGAAAGAAUUACCAUAUUGGGUGAUAAAAAAUAGUUGGGGUCCUCGUUGGGGUGAAAGCGGAUAUUAUAGAGUUUAUAGAGGAGAUGGAACUUGUGGAGUAAAUCAAAUGGCUACAAGUGCUGUAGUUAAAUAAUACUCAUUUUUGAUUGAAAAAAUUUAUUCCGAAGCAAUUAGGCUUUUCUGUUGGCUAAAAUAAUAUUUUUUAUUAAUCUUAUUCCUAUUAAAAUAUUGUUAUAUUCGAAACUAAACCUUCUUUAUGAUACUUAUGUUACUAAAACUAAUUUUAUUAUAUAUGUUAGCAUUACUUUAUGAAAUCUGUUAAUUCAUGAAAUAACUAGUUAAACACUGAAAUGACUAAUUGAACUAUUUAAAUAUGAAAGAAGGCAGAAUUAAAUACUUCAAUUAUGUUACAUACUACCUAACUGCAUAUAUUAACUUGCAUAUACUAACAAUUAUGAACACAGUUUUGUUACUAACAGGAAAAAUGUUUAAAGUACAAAAAGAGAUUAAAGCAAAUAACUACAAGGAUUGGUAUAGAAAGAAAAGCAGAUUAUAAAAAACGAUCAAAUUUCAAUUUCAUUCUUUAACGAUUUAACUGAAACGACGGUUUCCACGAUUUAACUGAAUUAAA